CUGAUGUCAGCUCACGUGCAAGGUUUCCAGGGCAGAAUAUGAAAAAUCUAUAUUUUAUGUUUGAAUCAAUACUUGGAAGCACCGAUAUACUCAGUUCAAGCGAGGAUAAUGUUUUUCGCUAAAUAUCAUGACAAAUAGAUAGUUUGUUGCACAAACCGAUGAUGGAUCCGGACUCGGGACUAGACUUAUUAUUACCGACAGCCAUAUGCACGCUUCCAGUUGUACGGAAGAUCAAUUGGUCAUGCUAUUUAUAAAGAUCAGAUGAAUUUUCGGAUGUCUCACUUUCUCAUUGUGAAGUGUUUUGGGGAGUGAUGGCCAUGGACGGAAGAACUAACUUGAAUAUUCCGUGUGAUAUCUUCAGAGGUUUUUUUUACUGGGGUGUCGUGCAAUUUUUCUGACACAAAUAUUUUAUUUUUUUAAUCACUUCGUAUAGAGAUGCUUGCUUUAAACAUUUAUGUGGAUUUAAUCUUCUCAGGAUUUUAAAUUAUGUUGGUUGGAUACUUUCCAGGUAAAUUGUUUUGCUUUGUAAGCAGUGCAAACAGUAAGUGUACACAUGAGGGUUGGAAUUGACUUUCUUACUUUGCAACCAGAAAGAGAUGUGCUAAGUUUUUCCUUUUGAAGUCACGUGAUUAAAAAUAGCGGAUACUUUUGACAUUUCCUAUAAAAUCACAAAAGUUGGAUUGUGUCAGUGAUGUUGGAUUUUAACAGAAACAGUUCGGAGUGAGAUUUUAUUUCAUAUUUGGAGGAAGUAUUCUGAGGCUUUUUCGCCGUUAUGGAAAAAAGUCUCCAACGGCGUGACAGUUUUCCUAAAGUGCAUCUCAAGCGCCGCGAGAGUUUCCCUAAAGACCCUUCAUCGAGCCCUCAUCCGGGGGGUUUAAAAAGAAGGCUCAGUUUCGCUACAGUAGCUAAAAAGGCUCUACAACACAAGCGAGAGGAUGAUCGGGAGAGAGAAAAGAACGAGUUGAAGUCUCGAAUUGACGAGUUAGAAAGUUACAAAUCUAAAUAUGAACAACUGCUGGAGGAUAAUCAGGCGCUCAAGAGAAAGGUUGAUCACAUGUACUUGGGCCAAAGUGAUGCAAGUCAGAAACUCCUCAAGACAACUGAACAAAACGACAAACUACGUCUGGAGAGCAAGAAAAAAACAGAACAGAUUGAGAAGUUUCAGCGCGACACACGUUUCAUGGAAGACCGUGUACGGAAUCUAGAAAUCAGAGCAUCUGAAGUAGAUAAGGCUGAAUUGAUUCUGGAGUCGACCAAACAGGUGUUGGAGUCGACUCUAUCACAACUCCGAGGGAGGGAACACGAAAUUAGGACUUUAACGUUAGAACAGGAUGAGACGGAGAAGAAGUUACAGCAAACAAACAAGGAAGUGAGAGACCUGGAGAAUAAGAUGCAGGACCUAAAAUAUCAAGUACGACAGGAACUGAUGAAGAAUGAAAAUAUUGAAAAGAAUUUGGAAACAAUUCCCAAAUUGAAAGAGGAGAUUAAGGAAAGAGAAGAGAAACUGCAGAGCCUGCAAAAAGAUGUAGAUGAGAAGACAAUAUUACUGGCGACAUCCAGAAAGGCGGUCCGGGAAUACCGAGAGCAACUCAGAGAGUCCGAGAGGUCAGCAUCACGGUCAGAAAACCUUAAAGAGGAGAUGGACAUUGCCCAGUAUGAAGUGUCUACACUCAAAAAACUCUUACAGGGAAAGGACUUCCUUAUUAUACAGAAGUCGAAAGCCUUAGAUCUGGCCAAGGAUGUGAUCACGAGCAUGAAACAGUCGACAGAAAAGGAACAGAUAGACAAAAUUGUACGUCGGUUGGAGAAGAUAGGAAACCAACAAUCACACUGUACCUCCAAUGGCAACCUCAGCUCCAGUGACCACACAUUUAACGAGUACGAUACAUUCGGCAGUAUGGAAAGGCCACAGCCGGGCCGAAACAAAGGAAAACACAAUAAUGGACCUGGCAUUGAUGUCAACAGACACCCUUAUUCCACGGAUAUGGAAAAAGAGCCCUAUUAUAGAAAACGUCCAGUGUCUGCAAGUAUCUUCCAGGAACUUUUGUCUGACGGCAAUGAAGAUAUGCGCACGAAAACUGCCAUCGUAAGACCUACUGUGAAACGGACAUCCUCUUUCAAGGAGGCAGGCAAUACUCGGACUCAUUCCUCCUUAUCCAAACGUUCACAGCAACCAAGCGAGCAUUCCUCGGGACGGCUAUCUUCCAUGGACCGCAAACAUCUCAGUAACAGUUUCGAUACAACAGAUGGCGUUGUACAUAGUAGGAACUGUAUGAAUUAUGAUUGCGUUAGUCAAAGAACACAGUCCCCACGCGGGACAUCACCAUGGAUACGAAGGUCAAGGUCAGAACUGUCAAUGAGUAGUGACUUGUCGUCAAUGUCUUCUGACAACGCCGACGAUGCUAUGAGUACAAAUUUAAUGUCUAAGCUUGCAAAACUUUCAUCACGAGAGAAAGAGGAUAUUCUGUGUACAUUCGUGUCACCCGGAGAUAGGAUUUUAUUUAGCAUACCUCAGAAACCACCGCGUUACGGCAAAAAGAUCGUUCCAAAGCCGAAGAUAUACACAGGCAUCGUCAAGUAUCGGGGAACUCUCGACAAACCUGGCUUUGAUCCCAGAAUGUUUGUAGGAGUCAGGCUUGACGACCCAGUGGGCGAGACGGACGGUAUGUACAAAGGAAAAAGAUACAUGUAUACACCAUUUGAUCAGGGAAAAUUCUUCAAACUACUUGACGCCACUUCUGUGCUGGAUGUUGAGGAUGGAAAAUACAAACUGUUGUCAUCCUUACUGUGUAAACACUUGACACAGGAUCAAGAAAGGUCAACAUGACACCACAGUCAACAUCUACAAGAAUUUAUAUAGGUCAACAUGAUGUUGACACUAGAGUCAGCACCCACAACAGCUGUAGAAGUCAACAUGAUAUUGACACCACGGUCAACAACCACAGGAGCUCUAGAAGUCAACAUGAUGUUGACACCAGUAAACACUUAAAGGAGCUUUAUAGGUCUAGAUGAUGUUGACACUAGAGUCAACCUCCACACACAGGAGCUUUAUAGAUCAACAUGAUGUUGACACUACAGUCAGCACAUACGGCAGAUGUAGAAGUCAACAUGUUGUUGACACCAGUCAACACUUACAGGAGCUUUAUAGGUCAACAUGAUGUUGACACCACGGUCAACAACCACAGGAGCUGUAGAAGUCAACAUGCUGUUGACACCAGUAAACACUUAAAGGAGCUUUAUAGGUCAAGAUGAUGUUGACACCACAGUCAACACCCACACACAGGAGCUGUAGAAGUCAACAUGAUGUUGACACUACAGUCAACACAUACAGCAGAUGUAGAAGUCAACAUGUUGUUGACACCAGUAAACACUUAAAGGAGCUUUAUAGGUCAACAUGAUGUUGACACCACAUUCAACACCCACACACAGGAGCUUUAUAGAUCAACAUGAUGUUGACACCACAGUCAACACCCACAUGAGCUGUAGAAGUCAACAUGAUGUUGACACCACGGUCAACAGCAACAUGAGCUUUAUAGGUCAACAUUAUCGUUUAGCCGUUACAUAGAGAUAUGAUAUUUUGUACAAUCCAUAAUAUUUCACAUUCAGUAUAGCCUGUAUCUAUAAUUAACAGUAUUUCAAGAGAUAAAAGAUAUCUAGGUAUACACGUUUCCGCCUGUCACCUGUAAACAUACAGUACACCAUUUUAUUUUGAGAUAUAAAGAACAAUGUCAGCCUGCCAGACAGCCAGCCAGCCAUCUUUGACCACGGUGUUAAAUCUAGGAUUCAGAAAGUAGUGAUAUUUCUUUUUCUUGUAUUUCUGAACGCUGGACCACCUAGGCCCAGCUUGUGCAAUAUAAAUUAUCUACAUGGUCAUUAACUUUUAAAAAAGGUUUUAAUCUUCCUCUCCUAAAGUAAACAUUGACUAUAAAAUCAUGAAGCAAUAAUGAAUAAUGUUGGUAUUUAUGUGUUUGUUUUGUGGUAUCAGGUCAAGGACUCUUAUUAAAAGGUCAAGGUCAUCGAAUACAUUCCAUAACACCAAGUGCUUCCUUAGGUAUACGGUCAAGGUCAUAAUUAUAUUCGGGUAAACAUCAAUCACAAAAGCGUUUAUUUGUGAUUGAGACAAAUUUGACCUGGAAAGUCAAGGUCAAGGUCACACUGUUUUAUCUCCUUCAAGGCGAAUUCCAAUCUUUAAUAAUGUGUUAUGUCUCUAGUAAUGUACAAAUAAUGACGUCAUAUCAAAUAAUGACGUCAAACAUUAUAUGACUGUUAGGUCUCUAGAAAUGUACAAAGAAUGACGUCAUACAAAGUAUGAGUGACGUCAUAUGAGUGUUAGAUAUCUAGUAGUGUACAAAUAGUGACGUAAAUUGAGUGUUACGUCUAUAGAAAUCUAGAAAUAGUGACGUCAAAUGAGUGUUAGGUCUUUAGUAAUGUAGAAGUACUUACGUCAUAUAAGUGUAAGGCAGUCUCGAGAAAUGUACAAGUAGUGACGUCAUAUGAAUGUUAGUUCUCUAGUAAUGUACAAAUAGUUACGUCAUAUGAAUGUUAUGUCUCUAGAAAUGUACAAAUAGUGACGUCAUUUGAGUGAUAAGUCUAGUAAUAUAAAAAAGUGAUGUUAUAUGAUUUUUACGUUUAUAGAAAUGUUUAAGUAGUUACUUCAUAUGAGUGUUAGGUCUCUAGUUAUGUACAAAUAGUGACGUCAUAUAAGUGUUAGGUCUCUGGCAAUGUCCAAAAACGACGUCAUAUGAGUUGCACUCUCUAUGAAGCAUACAUAUAGUGACGUCACAUGAAUGUUAGUUCUCUAGUAAAUGUACAAAUAACCGUGUGAUGACGUGCUACGAGAGCUUCCUGACUAUUGUUAACAUCCAAUUGUUGUGAGAUGUUAAAAAUGCUAUCAUUAACAUGUUUAGAGUUCUGUUAUAGGGAAAUUCCUUCGUUUGAAUAAAGUUCAGGUCGUCAAAAUGGAACUUAAUGGAAAAUAUGUAUUUCUCCCAAGUAGUAAAAUGUAUAAUCCUUACAUUAAUAAGUCAGUUUUACUCUCAAGGGAAACCGAAGGGCUUCAAGUAUUAAAUCCUAAAACUUCUUAAUUCGCCCCGAAGUAUCACUAAUUACCGCAAAGACAGAUGAUAUUUGUGUACGAUCCGUCAUUUUUCUGUACAUUUUGGCUUUAAUUUUAUUCCUAGUAGGAACUCAUGUAAGACAAAUUCGAACACCGAUUUCAUCAACAGAAAUUUUGCAUGUUUCUAUUGUCCAAACGAAGGAAUGCCCCUUUAAUUCUUGUUUAAUUAAUCAUGUAUAAGUUAUGUAUGUAUUCAUGUUAUUGCUGAGGUUACCAAACUUCUCUAUAACAGACGGUGACUGUCAUAGUAUGACAUUUAAACAUAUCAUUAUAAUCGAUUUUUAUCACAGUGUGAAGAAUCCAUGGUUCCCAGGUUUCACGGACUUCAGGAAAUAUGUCGAUACGAAAUAUCGCAUUAUGAAUAUAUCUUGCUGUUAAAGUUGAAAACAACAUAUGCAUGAGGUCUUAGAAGUACACAAAUAAAGCAGAUAAGAUAUCGGAAA